GACAUCAAAUCCUGGCUCGAUGGGGCAGGGCCUGAAGGAGCCAUCUACUUCAGCCUAGGCUCCGUUGCCCGAGGAGACUCGAUGCCCUCGAAGUACAGGGACAUGCUGGUCGAGGCCUUUAAGAGAUUAAACCAUAGGAUUCUGUGGAAGUUCGAGAGGGACAUCGAGGGCGUUUCGGACAACGUCAUGAUCAAGAAGUGGCUCCCCCAGCAGGAUAUCCUAGCUCACCCCAACGUGAAGUUAUUCAUCACCCACGGAGGUUUGCUGAGCCUCCAGGAGUCCUGCUACCACGGCAAACCCGUCCUGGCCCUUCCGAUAUUCGGGGACCAAGAAAAGAACGGCAUCAAGGCCCAGACAUCUGGGUUUGGUCUAUGGCUCGUCUGGGAGGAGCUGACGGUGGAGAAGAUUACGGAGUCGGUCCAGGAAAUCAUCGAGAACCCGAGGUAUUCGGAAACUAUAUCUUCAGUAUCCCGUUGCCUGAAGGAUCAGCUGAAUCCCCCCCUGGAGAGGGCCAUCUUUUGGACCGAGUACGUCGUCAGGCACAAGGGAGCACCUAGACUGAGGUCCCCCGGAGCCAGUCUCUCUUGGGUGGAGUAUCUCCUGCUGGAUGUCUUGGCGCUCUUCUUCUUGAUCGUGGUCACAGUUCUCCUGGUCGUCCGCUGGACUGUCAAGAAGAUCCUACGGGCGGUAUUUACUAAAAGCAAAGCGAAGAAUGCUAAAAAGAAGAAUCAGUAAUGUAGAGACAAACGUUUGUGUUAUGUUAUGAUAUAAAAAUGGGUUAUGUAUACGAUGAAAACAUUGUUCACUCGAAAGUGCGUUGGUCAGCCGAAUAGUAUAUCCAAAUUAAAGUACUAUAUCUAGUAUACAGUGCCAUAAUAGCUACAGAUAAGUUUUAAAGAUUCGUAUCUCUGUCUCAUUUUACUUCAAUCUCUUUUACACCUGCUUAACUGCAAACUGGUGUCAUCAACAUUAUCAGUGACAGCUAAAGUGUUAAGUUUAUCUAAUAAAGUUACCCCGGUGGCUGGCUCAAGAUGUCUUCGUACUUGGCCUAGCUUCGAUACUGUUUUCCUUAAGGAUGAUGUCGUAUCAUGGAGUCAUAAGAUAUACCAGAAACCUUUAUGAUAAAAACAGAAGAAAAACGUAGCCUUUAAGGAGUGAUUUCUCAUUACAUAAACUACACAUAUAAAUUAUUGGGCUACGGUAAUAAGAUCGUGUUUUGCAAUACCAUCACCAGUCAGAUAAUGACAUUUCUGAUUGAUAAACUGUUGAUUUAAAAAAAUCUGAGGCGUUUAUUCUUAAAAAAAACUAAUUUCUGUAUACUGUUUAACAUGCACAUUAUUUGCCUUUUACAUUUUCAUUCUAAUAAAUGAACCAUAAUAUCCUAUCCUAAAAUUCUUAUCUCUUGAACUUUAUGCGAAACAUCUUUUUCAGACCUUUUUAUGCUCUUCCAUAGAACUCUCCUAACCCCCCAACAAGAACAACAACAAUAACAAAGUCGUUUGUAGGCUUACUCCCCGAGUAAGCGAAAAUACACCAGUUGUAUUGUAUCAUCAUAAGUAAAUUCAGGAUCAAAAUUAGAUACUACAAGCGCUAUUAAAACCACGAUUUAUCCAAAAUCAUCCGAAUCAAUACAAUUAACCAAAUGAAGAGUUGCUUGCUAAACAAGUUCUUUAUUAAACAUUAAAUUUCCUGGGUUCUGUCUAGUGCAAAAUUAUCAAAAUAAUAUAAGGAGGAAGAGAAAUUGCUUUACGGAAGGGUGAACUUUCCUAGACCUAUUCAGAGUACAUCCUUAAUUAACAGUGCCCGUGGUCGUAGAACGACCUGAAAAUAAACAUUUAAUAAAAGGAUAAAAAAAAUAACUAAAUGAUUUCAUUGUAAAUAAAAGAGAAUGUAGUUUUCCAUUCAUGAAGAAUCUGAUAUCUUUAAAAAAAAGAUAAAACUUAGGAAGGAAUUUAUUCUAGUUUACCCGUGUCCGUGACCAUAGGGCGUAUAAAGACUGGGAUAAGAAGCGGAUUAAGUACACCGAAACCAACAUGGCAGCGCCGUGUUCCUUUGAGAAAUGAUUACAUUUAACUCUAAUAUCCACUUCUUUUCAUUCAAACACACACACAUUAUAUAUAUAUAUAUAUAUAUAUAUAUAUAUAUAUAUAUAUAUAUAUAUAUAAUAUUUGUAUAUAUUUCCUUGUUAUGUUUACAAGCGUCGCAACAGACCAUGUUAUUGAUAUAAUCAAACAUGAGUCUAAUUUUGGACCGAUUUGAUCAAACAUGAGUAAUUUUGGAUUGAUUUAAUGAAACAUGAGUCUAAUUCUUAUAUAGAAUUACAAAGUGAGUUUUCACUAAAGGGAUCUUUUUCCUAGACAGUGACAAACAAAGAUUUUCGGGGGUCGUUAUCUAAGACUAAUUUUCCUUAGAGUCAUUAUCUUUACGAUAUUUAUGGCUUUUUGUUUGUUUUCCUGGUAGUCGCCAAGGGUCUCUUACUAAACACGCCGCAAAGGUGGAUACGGUCACUAUCUAGGAAAGAUAGCUCUAAAGAUAAAGGACUAAAAUGGUAAUGAGACUAAAAUUUAUAGUUUCGCCAAAUCUUAAUGACCAUUGUUGAUAUUACAUUAAUAGCUGCCUACAUUUAAGCUUUACAGUCUUGUACAGUGACAGAAUACUGUAGAUACUUACAAUGACUUUGACGGCGAACAAGGUAUUCCGCCAGACAGUCUUUCUUCAAAGUGCUUGAACCUCGUCUGCGCAUCUGGUUGUGCCGAGUAACCAUGAAUAAGCCUAAUAUACAUUUCUGGAUGGCAGGACCUUCCAGUAACCAAUCUCUUUUUUUUAUUUUUUUUUUUUUUUACGUCCAUGGAAGACUCAGAAAGUCAUGAAAGGAGAGCUAAAAUUUUAAGAAUCUACUGGAGUGCGAUCAGAAAUAAGGGAAGACUAAACUAAAGUAAUAUUUUAAAAAGCUUUUUAAUGCUUGAAACCAAAUUAAAAGCGAACUGGCACCUUUUGAAGGGGAAUUUAUUGCUUGCCACUACGUGAGCGUUGUAGGAAAGUGCUUGGAGAGUUUUAGGCCUAUACACCCCCCCCAAAAAAAAAUAAAUUACAAAGAAUUCCUGAGCGUUUUCCUACUGUAACAACCAAUAUAUAUAUAUUUUUUUUUUUUUGAAGCUUUCUCGCGUGUUCCUUGUUCUCUCUCUCUCUCUCCACUUAUUUCUCUUUCUUUACGAUAUCCGGACGGCAACAACAUAGGAAUGCAAAUUCUCUGACUGUAGAAUUUGCAUCCAAGAGAUUAAUGACUCAAAACAAGAAUGGGCUAAGAAGCAUGUCUAAGAAUAAUAAAAGUUAAAGACGAUUAAGAUGACGAAAAGCUACCAAAUAUUGAUGGUAGUGAUCUAAUUUUGAACUACCACACACACACACACACACACCCACACACACACACACACACACACACACACACACAUAUAUAUAUAUAUAUAUAUAUAUAUAUAUAUAUAUAUAUAUAUAUAUAUAUAUAUUGCAUAGAUCCUUAUCAUGAGUAAUGCAUAUUUCUUCUGCAGUCGUGGCUACAUGAUUUUGUCGGUGAAAUUGUUGCUUUUUUCUAUUUUAUGUUAACGAUAUUCUUUAAUAUAAUUCUCGGAUCUUGUAUAUUUUACGAAUAUAUUCCUCAGUUAAUUAACUUUUUUUAUCAACAGUUUAUCAGUUUUCGAUAUGAAAACAGUUCUUGAAUCUAUCAUCUAUUGUGAUGUUCAUAACAGGAGUGGAAAUGAAAUAUAAAAUUUAGGCCAAAGGCCAAGCGCUGGGACCUAUGAGGUCAUUCUGCUCUGAAAGGGAGACUGAGAGCUAAAAAGGUUUUAAAAGUGUAACAGGAGGAUGGCUGCAAUACGAAACAAUUCUGUUAGGAGAGGGUAAGAAAGACAGAUGGAAGAAAAAGAAAUAUGAACAGAGUUAGAGUAAAAGGUAUGAAAAGGGUUGUAGCGGAAGAACCUGAAGUAAUGCCUACAGUGCACCGAGUGAGGUGCACUGACGGCACUACACCCAUUACAGAGACUUUUAUGUACAGUGCAAACCUAAAGCCUUUAUUAUCCACAAGUUUCGUGUACGUAAAAAUAUUUCUUUAAAAAGCA